AUCCAUGCCUCCCCCCCUACCCGCAUCUCUCCUUCCCUCCGGCUAGUUUACCCUACCCAUCCGCCACCAGAAAGAACAGCGAUGGUAACCCGCGGCCUAGGUCGCGGGCGCCACGGCCGGCAUGCCACCGCAUCCCGCUGAAAGAAGGUUCCUCUAUCGGAGCAGCUUAAGCACGCCGACAUCCAGCAGCAGGCUGCUGCGCUUGGUCAGAAGUACAUGGGCAUACAGGCCAAGUCGCACAUGGAGCAGGUCUUCAAAGCGCCCUACAUCGCCGACGGCAGCCACCCGGUGCCCGUCAGCAACUUCCUAAACGCCCAGUACUUCUCCGAGAUCUCCCUCGGCACGCCACCCCAGACGUUCAAGGUCGUUCUCGACACCGGCAGCUCCAACCUCUGGGUGCCGUCGUCUGAAUGCAACUCGAUUGCAUGCUACCUACACACCAAGUACGACUCGUCGUCGUCGUCCACAUACAAGAAGAACGGCACCUCGUUCGAGAUCCGCUACGGAUCCGGCGAGCUGAGCGGCUUUGUGUCAAACGACGUCUUCCAGAUUGGUGACCUCAAGGUCAAGAACCAGGACUUCGCCGAGGCCACCUCUGAGCCUGGACUCGCGUUUGCCUUCGGCAGGUUCGAUGGCAUCAUGGGCCUUGGCUACGACACCAUCAGUGUAAACAAGAUUGUCCCACCUUUCUACAACAUGCUCGAGCAGGGCCUCCUUGACGAGCCCGUCUUUGCCUUCUACCUCGGCGACACCAACGCCCAGCAGGAGUCUGAGGCGACCUUUGGCGGCAUUGACGAGAGCCACUACAGCGGCAAGCUGAUCAAGCUUCCUUUGAGGCGCAAGGCCUACUGGGAGGUUGACCUCGAUGCCAUCACUUUUGGCAAGGAGACUGCCGAGAUGGAUGACACUGGUGUUAUUCUGGACACCGGCACAUCGCUUAUUGCUCUUCCCUCCACCAUUGCCGAGCUUCUGAACAAGGAGAUCGGAGCCAAGAAGGGCUUCAACGGCCAGUACACUGUUGAGUGCGACAAGCGUGACGGUCUGCCCGACCUCACCUUCACGCUCACUGGCCACAACUUUACCAUCAGCGCUUUCGACUACAUUCUUGAGGUUCAGGGAUCUUGUAUCUCUGCCUUCAUGGGUAUGGACUUCCCAGAGCCAGUAGGACCUCUUGCUAUUCUCGGCGAUGCGUUCCUCAGGAAGUGGUACUCUGUCUACGAUGUCGGCAACAACGCCGUCGGUCUUGCCAAGUCCAAGUAAAGGUUCUGAUAUUGUAUGUCCUGCACGUUGAUUGAAGUACUUUGGUUCGUCGGUUGAAAGCUCUUGGAUCAGAAUGUUCGUACGCAUAGUAGCUUGCGUCUUUGGUUUGAUACAUGGAUAUGUCGAUUAGCGCGAAUCAAAUCAGGAAUGAAGCAAGCCAAGUG